GUGUUCUGAUGAAGCCUCCUCCUUGACGUGUAGAGAAGAGAGAGAGAGAGAGAGAGAGGGCGAAGGAAUGGAAAAGGGGAGAAGAGUGGUGGUCUCAGCUCUGCAGUUCGCUUGCACCGAUGACGUCUCCACUAAUGUCGCCACCGCCGAAAGACUGGUUAGAGCUGCUCAUGGAAAGGGUGCAAACAUCAUUCUAAUACAGGAACUUUUUGAGGGGUACUACUUUUGUCAGGCACAAAGGGAGGACUUCUUUCAGCAAGCUAAGCCUUAUAAGGGUCACCCAACAAUCCUGAGGAUGCGGAAACUUGCAAAAGAGUUGGGGGUGGUGAUACCAGUUAGCUUCUUUGAAGAGGCUAACAAUGCUCAUUACAAUGCAGUAGCCAUAAUUGAUGCUGAUGGUACAGAUCUUGGACUUUAUAGAAAGUCUCAUAUCCCAGAUAGUCCAGGCUACCAAGAAAAAUUCUACUUUAAUCCUGGUGACACUGGCUUUAAGGUAUUCCAGACUAAAUUUGCAAAGAUUGGAAUCGCCAUCUGUUGGGAUCAGUGGUUUCCCGAGGCAGCCAGAGCUAUGGUUCUUCAGGGUGCAGAGAUAUUGUUUUAUCCUACUGCUAUUGGUUCUGAACCUCAAGACGAAGAGCUUGAUUCUCGUGAUCACUGGAGGCGAGUAAUGCAAGGGCAUGCAGGGGCGAAUAUGGUACCUAUAGUAGCUUCAAAUCGCAUAGGAAAGGAGGUAAUUGAGAGACAGCAUGGAGAAAGUGAGAUCACAUUCUAUGGGAAUUCUUUCAUAGCAGGGCCUACUGGAGAAAUUGUCACGGCUGCUGAUGAUAAAGAGGAAGCUGUUCUUGUUGCAGAAUUUGAUCUGGAUAAAAUCAAGUCCAAGAGACAUAGUUGGGGAAUAUUUCGUGAUCGGCGACCGGAUUUAUACAAGGUGCUUCUGACGUUAGAUGGCAACAACCCUAGACUGUGAUAUCCACCGCAGAGGGCGGAGGACAACACAAACAACUAGAUAAAUAUAUCAAAUGAAAACAAGUAAAAUUGUUUGGUUGCCUUGCAUUUGAACCUCACAUGUAAUAUGCUUUAUUGAACACUGUUAUUAUUAGUGUUAUUAGUAUGUCAGAUAUGCAAAUCAUACAAUUGUUCUAGUAUCUAUUAGUUCUGUUCAUUGAUGAUAUAAGGCAUUUUUGGUGU